AGCGUUGCCAUCUUUACAAACAUUAAAUCGCUACAUGAGAGUAAUAAAAAGUUCUUAUGGUUUCGAUGCAAAAACUUUGGAUGUUUUGAAGACAAAAGUCGAGUCCAUGGAUCAAUCAGAUGUACAUGGUGCGUUUUACUAGUCGAUGAAAUGAAGCUGUCGAAAAGCGUUUCUUUUAAUCGGCAAAAUUUACAAAUGGAGGGUUUCACUGAUCUUGGCAUAUACACACCUGAACAUCAGAAGGGACAAAAAGGUGACCACGCGCUUGUAAUCAUGUUCCAACCCUUCAAAGGGAAAUGGGUGCAAGCACUAGGUUGCUUUCUCAGUAAAGGUAGUGCGAACGGCACAGUUUUACAUCAUAUAAUGAUGGAGGCCAUCAUCUUAGCUGAGAAAGCCGGCUUAAAAGUCGAUGCAAUUGCCAAUGAUGGUGCGUCGUGGAACCGUACGAUGUGGGAUUUGUUUGGUUUUACGGAAGAUUGCGUCAGUAUAGAGCACAUCGUUGAUCCAGAACGCAGAUUAUGGUUUUUUUCGGACUUUCCACAUCUAAUAAAGUGUCUGCGCAAUUUCUUUUCGAAGCAAGAAAAACAUGCUAACGUUUGGACACCCGAUGGACAUGUUUCCUUAAAACAUUGGUACGCUCUCCUAGCUAUUGAAAAUCCCAAAGCAUAUAAUUUAAAAGUAAAUUAUCACUUAAGGGAAGAGCAUAUUAUAAUCCGCAAUACUACCAAAAAAUGAAUGUUGCUCUAGCGUUUCAGUUCUUUGGAGUUGCUGAUAGUAUGCAAAUCUUUCAAGAUAAACAUCCGGAUCUUACAGAUUGUGAGGGAUCUAUUAAGUUUUGUAGAAGGAUUAAGUCACUUAUUACCGCCAUGAAUAGCAGAACGCCUUUAAAUAGCUUAAAGCCAGGCAACGAAAUGUGGCAGAGUAUUGAAUCCUUUUUGGUAUAUCUAAAAGAAUGGGAAGUGCAAGUAAAAUAUCGAAAUUUUGUUCAUGUACAUAAAUCAUGACGACAAUAUCUGUAUGCAUAUAUUAAUAUAUAAGCCAUAAAUUACUUAAAGAAUUAUUAUGGUUCUUCAUCAUAUAUUGAGAUGUAUUAUAUCAAACCAUCAUAUUAUAAAGUAGCCUUAAUGUAGAAUGUUUUAAUUAUAAUAAGUACACGAUGUAAUAGAUGA